AAAGCAAAUACUGUUAAGUAGGUACCCCUCAAGAUGGACAACUUACUGUUUGUCGUUGUGAUGUUUACGCUUCUAACAUUGUCCAUGGUUCAAGCAGUUUUGGACGAAUCAGAGUUCACUCCCAAACUUCUAGAACAAGUCAAAGCAUUGCACGAUACCUGUGCGUCUCAGUCAGGUGCAGACGAUGGCCUGAUUGGUAAAAUAAAAAAAGGAGAUUUUGUUGAGGAUCCCAAAAUAAAGAGUUACAUGAAAUGUGGCCUCACAGAGCUAGGAGUGAUGGAUGACAAAGGCGAGAUCAGCGUGGACAUGGUACCUGAGCUAGUCCCAGCCAAAUAUGUGAGCGAGAGUAUAGCGAAUACAAAAACUUGUACGGGAAAAACAAAAGAUAUCGCAAACUUAGAGGAUCGAGUAUUUGCUUUCUUUAAAUGUUACCACGACUUAAAUCCUGAGAUAUUUAUUUUCUUCUAAGCACGACAACAUUGGCCUGACUAAACCUAGGAUUCUGAUUUUUCAACUGUUUUGCGAUAUAUGAUAUAUGUGUAAUUUUUUGUUUUAUUAUUUUAAUAGCAAAUGUAGUAUUUACAAAUUAAAGGCAUACCUA